AUGGCAACACCUGCCCCCACAUCUCGCUCUCGCGCCCCUCCAGCAGGUGACGAAGAAGCAUCCACCGUUCUGAAGCUGGGAGAAUUCCAAGAUGUAGAUGCACUUACUCAUUCUGAAGCCGCACUCGUUAUCAACGCGCUUGUCGCAAAGCGACGUGGCGAUCGCAAGAACGUUAAUGAGACUGAGAUAUUGAGCAAGACGCAAGAAUACCUGGAUCAUUUUGCGAGAUUCAAGAGAAAGGAAAACGUGGAGGCUGUAGAGAGAUUGUUGGGAAGUAGGGGGGAAUUGGCGAAAUUCGAGAGGGCGCAGUUGGGCUCAUUAUGUUGCGACACGGCCGAUGAAGCGAAGACUUUGAUACCCAGUUUACAAGACAAAAUCAGCGAUGACGAUUUGACAGAGUUAUUGGAUGAAAUCACAAAGUUGAUGGGAUUUACGAAUUAA